GGCGCCGCGGGCCGCGCCGUCGCCCAGCAUCCCUCGUUUCCACCCGCCCACUCUUGUAAAGGCGCACCCUCACGCCGAGAGUAUCUGGUAGUCAUACGCUGGCCCGUUGCGAGCCCGCUGACGUAGCUGCGCUGUUCUCGCUUCCCAGUGAGUUACGUCGAGGUUUAUAUGCGUUACGCGCGUUACGAUCUGAUCCAGGUGCAUCCGCGAAGAGCUGUGACAGUAGAUCUCGUCGGUUAGUUCUCCGUCGUCGCUCAACGUCAUUCAUUCACGUCGUAAAAACGUACGCGAAAGGUGCGGAAAGCUUCGUCGUGCAAUUCAUUGCGAUUGUUUUCUUCGAAGACAACGAGUACAUCGUCUUUGAUAUUCGGCAGAAUUACGGUAGAGUUGAGGUGGCCGCGAUUGCGGUUAGCUCAAAACCGGAGCGUUUGAUAUAUCAGUGUACUUCAAAGCUGACUAUCCGGCUCACAUGGUCCGUGUUUUGCUUCUGUGAUUACCUCGCCGUGGCUCCCUCUCGACCGCUUCCGCUCGCGGCGACGAGCUACCAUCGUGUCUAAAGCGCGCGCUUCCCGACCUCGUGUGCGAGGUCCAGCGUGCAGUACGGCGCGAAUAAGCUCGUGGCAUAUCUCGCUGACGCUCGGAAUGCUCGGGCAACGGUGGCGCUUCCAGUGAGAUGCUCGCCGAUAGACGUAGUAGCUGUAGGAUCAUUGACACGGUCUCCGAACCCCUGAUCAACGACCUGGCUGUCAUCGGCAGCGGGGACGCGUUAACGUCCAGCGUCUCGAGCGUCCCCCCCUCGUCCGGGUGAAAUCGUGUGAUUGACGUUAUCCCGGGCCGGUCAAACCGUUGUAAUAUCGAGGAUUCGCGCCUCGUAUUGCAUUUUCCAUCAUUUUCCCCGUCUCUGCCUCUCGCGGAGCGGAAUAUCCGCGGAAAUGCGACGUCAUUGACGGCAUUAAAUCGACGGCACGACCGACGUUUGCGACGUCAGGCGCGUAAAGUGCAUUGAACGACUUCGUGAUCACUUACGUCGUGAAGCGUCUUACGUAAGGCGAAGUAAUAGGAUAGAAACGGUAUUAUUGAGAAGAAGGGGAGAGAGAGAGAGAGAGAGUGAAUUUACUGUUCUAGACAAGAGCUUGAGAUCUCGUCGUCGCUUGAGAUCACCUCGGAAGAUCAGUGUUACGUUUUUUACGAGACUGUUCGAGACGCUCGAAAAAACCAGCGGCAAUCGAGCGGAGAAAUGGAUACGUUCCUGAUUAUCGGUAUCUGCUUCUUCUGCUACGAGAUGUGCGAUUUAAUCAGACGGUAUACCACCCCGCAAGCGAUAGAAACGCAUUGCCCAGCGGAAACGACCGCCAAGGCGCUGCCCUCGCAAAAGAUAUAUUCGAUAUCUCGCAAGAUUCAAGGACCCCGCGCCUGUUGCCCGAAAUAGAUCGUCGCGCGUCCGAUUCCAAUACGGAUAUAAUUUUUAUCUACCGAGCCGUAUAACAGCCGUUAGUGUGGGAAACGCACCGAUCUGUGUGAACGUGGGAUCUCUUCGUUGGACCUCAAACGGACGUGGAAUUCCGUCGGGCCGAGCCGGGGCGAAUGGAUAGCCGUGAGAGAUGGAUUUACAGUUCCGCGCAGUGAUAACAGACGCCUGUCCCGGAGAUUCAUGAUGUUUACGGAGGUUGGAGGUAGCGGCGCGAUCGAUAAUGAUUUGUCAGCUGUUACGCCACCUGGAACGUAGGCCAGCGAAUCGAUCAGUUCUUAGGUGACAAGUUCGUAGAGGUGGUACGACCAAAGUCGACAGCAAUUCGCGAAUCGUGUCGGCAAACGUGUCGCUUCAUUCACAAAUGUUCCGAACGAGAUAAGGCGCGCAACGAGUGCUCGCAAAUCGACAGAAGACACGAUGGAUAGGAUCCGUCGGGCUGUUUUAUUACACGCAAGCAACCAAACGGUUUGCUGGCGCGACUUGUUGGAGUAGUUACCGAUAUUAUUUGAUAUAUUCGCGGAUGUGCGCGAAUAUCGACGACGCUGUGAUCGCUCGAUUGAUUCGCGGGUACGUAAAACCAGCGGUGGCAAAAAUUCGCUCGAGCGAAUACCAGUAGUUUUCUGAAGCUACAGCGCGUACGGUGUGCUGUCGUCGUGUCAACAUGGGAAACAAGAGGUAGUAGAUCGUCGUUAGGCUUUCGCGAGAGCUGGUGUAAGUGAUAUCGAUUAGGAACGUCGCGGCCGAUAGCUCGCCACAAGAGUGAGGGAAAAGCAAACUCGCUUGACGAACUCUUCAGUACGUGCCUGUGAAUGCAAACUUUAGCGUUGGACACCGAACGUCGUCGAUGCGACCGCACCAAGCCGCGUUGCAUAAACAAGAAGUGAAGUUUCUUUUAUGUACCCCAGUUAAACCACAGUCGUGAAUAGUGGUGCUUUAUUCCUCGAAGUAUAACACAUUCGAAGGAAAAGGGGUGAAAAAGCACGCGCCCGAUUUAUACGUCGUGAUUGACUACGUUCACUGCCCGUAACUCAAUCUUUACGUCCACGGUAGUAUCAAAAAGUUUCUGUAGAAAGUAACCAGCCUCCCUCGCGGUUGGCGCAGAGGGGCUACGUCAUGGCGCAAAAAAGAUUUGUCGAAAUCAAAAAUUAAGAGGGAUAGACUGAUAAUUUCAGAAGUGUUAACAAAUGAAAUUAGACUGCAGCGUUAUUAUUUAUAUUUUGCAGUUACCUGCAAGGUGCAAAGGUCCAAUUUACUCUUUUAACAAAAGCGUGUUAAAUAAAUAAAUUAAAUUGAAUAUGCUCACACAGCGCGUUGCCAUUAGCGAAAUUUUUUUCUGGAAACGGAAACGGCAUCUGCACUGUUUUUUUAACUACACGUUUAGCACAAAAGAUUCAACAACAUCAAGCGAGGACGUCGUAAAUUAAACUACGAUGUGUUUUCUGAUACCGUACAACAUGAUUCAUGAUGCAUGCGUCAAAACGCUUUCCGACCGAUCGUGAGUGUUUCUGAUCAACCAAAGUGGAAUUUCUCGUGCCGGAAGAUUUAGCGCGAGGACACGAAACGAGAGUCGGUCAUCAAUGCGACAAAGAAGGGGAGGACCAUGAGUAAUGUUCGAUACUACUACCAGCACCAAAGUUCGGCGUUCCGACGCCACAAUGCUCUCGUGACCCCUUUUUGGCCGAUAACCCGAGAGAGAUCGAAACGAGAGAUCAUCGAAAACUAGAAGACAUGGACUCGCUGGAGCGUCUAAUGAGUUCCCGUUCUCACCCGGCUCUCACGGCAGCCACGCGAUCGCAGAAUGCCUUUGUACGGGCUAACCUCUGCUCCGUGAUAGGCCGUAAAGGACGACACCUCAAUGGAACCUUUUGUUUAACCGGAGACACGAUGGAAGGCAUCAUACAGUGCCUGGUCUUCCUCAAAGCUUUUUCGCUCGUGGGCGGCGAAUUCGACAUGGAGCUGAAUUUCGUGAUACAGGACGCGCAGAACAUCAGGCACAUGCUGGAGCUCCUCGACCAUUGCCCACCCAAUCUCCAGGCUGAAAUAUGGAGCGUUUUUAUUGCAAUCCUGAGAAAAAGCGUCAGAAAUUUACAAGCAUGUACGGAUGUGAGUCUCAUAGAACAUGUUCUACAUCGAUUAUCUCGUGCGGAAACUGUUGUUGCCGAUUUGUUAAUCGAUAUGCUGGGAGUGUUGGCAAGCUACAGUAUAACGGUGAAAGAAUUAAAACUUUUGUUCGGCGCUAUGAAAUCCGUUAAAGGAAAAUGGCCACGGCAUUCGGCGAAACUAUUAAACGUUCUUCGCCAAAUGCCGCAGCGAAAUGGACCCGACGUGUUUUUCAGUUUUCCUGGCAGGAAGGGAUCGGCAAUUGUUUUGCCACCUCUUGCAAAGUGGCCGCACGAAAAUGGAUUUACCUUUACCACAUGGUUCCGCCUAGAUCCCAUCAACUCUGUUAAUAUCGAACGAGAAAAACCGUACCUCUACUGCUUUAAAACAAGCAAAGGAGUAGGAUACUCUGCGCAUUUCGUAGGCAACUGCUUAGUCCUGACUUCUAUGAAAAUAAAGGGCAAGGGCUUCCAACAUUGUGUCAAAUAUGAAUUUCAACCACGAAAGUGGUAUAUGAUCGCGGUAGUGUAUAUAUAUAAUAGGUGGACAAAAAGUGAAAUUAAAUGUCUGGUCAAUGGACAGUUAGCGUCGAGUACAGAAAUGACAUGGCACGUUUCGACGAAUGAUCCUUUUGACAAAUGUUACAUUGGAGCAACCCCCGAAUUGGACGAAGAGCGCGUGUUUUGUGGACAAAUGAGUGCAAUAUAUUUAUUCAGUGAAGCGCUGACAACGCAUCAAAUAUGCGCGAUGCAUAGACUGGGGCCGGGAUAUAAGAGCCAGUUUCGUUUCGACAACGAGUGCUACCUGAAUCUGCCCGACAAUCAUAAAAGGGUGAGUGAGCAGGAUCUCUCUACGAGCAUGGUGGACCAAAGUAUGCAAAUUGUACUUUAUGAUGGAAAAUUAUCGAAUGCAAUUGUGUUCAUGUACAAUCCAGUAGCAACAGACUCGCAGCUUUGUCUACAAAGUGCACCGAAAGGCAACAUCUCUUAUUUUGUACAUACUCCGCACGCCCUCAUGUUACAGGAUGUCAAGGCCGUUAUAACGCACUCAAUUCACAGCACGUUAAACUCGAUAGGUGGUAUUCAAGUACUGUUCCCGUUAUUCUCCCAGCUAGAUAUGCCUUACGACUGCAUAGCGCCGAACGACAUUAAGCGCGAUCCGACAUUAUGUUCGAAACUGCUCGGAUUUAUUUGCGACUUGGUAGAAAGCUCUCAAACCGUUCAACAGCAUAUGGUACAAAACAGAGGAUUUCUGGUAAUAAGUUUUAUGCUACAAAAAUCAAGUCGAGAUCAUCUCACGACGGAAGUUCUUGCAUCUUUCUUGGAGUUGACGAAGCAUUUAGUGACCUGUCUUAGUGCAAACAGCGAUUUAUUAUUGAAACAGUUGUUUUAUUUUUCAUUCCUAACAUGGCAGCUACUGGAUCACGUUCUUUUUAAUCCCGCUCUAUGGAUAUAUACGCCAGCGCCAGUACAAACACGGCUUUACUCGUACCUGGCCACUGAAUUUCUUAGCGACACGCAAAUUUAUUCCAACGUGAGACGUGUAUCGACGGUUCUGCAAACUGUGCAUACGCUCAAAUACUAUUAUUGGGUAGCUAAUCCUCGCGGCAAAAGCGGAAUAACGCCGAAAGGACUUGAUGGACCACGACCGCAACAGAAAGACAUUCUUACAAUUCGUUCUUACAUUUUAUUAUUUUUAAAGCAAUUAAUAAUGAUUGGUAACGGUGUAAAAGAUGAUGAACUACAGAGCAUACUUAACUAUCUAACGACGAUGCACGAGGAUGAAAAUUUACAUGACGUUUUACAAAUGCUGAUAUCUUUGAUGUCGGAACAUCCGUCAUCGAUGGUACCCGCAUUUGAUGCAAAACAAGGAGUACGAACAAUUUUCAAGCUUUUGGCAGCCGAGAGCCAACUGAUACGUUUACAAGCUUUAAAAUUGCUAGGAUUCUUCCUCAGUCGCAGUACACAUAAACGAAAAUACGACGUCAUGAGCCCGCAUAAUCUGUAUACGUUAUUGGCUGAAAGGCUUUUACUGAACGAAGAAACACUCUCAUUACCGACAUACAAUGUUUUAUACGAGAUUAUGACUGAACAUAUCAGUCAACAAAUAUUGUAUGCCAGACACCCCGAACCUGAAUCUCACUAUCGUCUGGAAAAUCCGAUGAUCUUGAAGGUAGUCGCGACAUUAAUUCGACAAUCAAAGCAAACGGAACAACUACUGGAAGUGAAGAAACUAUUCCUGUCAGACAUGACGCUGCUCUGCAACAACAAUCGAGAGAAUCGGCGAACAGUUUUGCAAAUGUCUGUGUGGCAGGAGUGGCUUAUCGCCAUGGCUUACAUCCAUCCGAAGAACACCGAAGAACAAAAGAUAUCCGAUAUGGUGUAUUCCUUAUUUCGCAUGCUUCUUCAUCACGCUAUCAAGCACGAAUACGGUGGCUGGCGUGUGUGGGUUGACACGCUGGCUAUUGUACAUUCUAAGGUAUCCUAUGAGGAAUUCAAACUUCAAUUUGCCCAAAUGUACGAACAUUACGAGCGACAAAGAUCCGACAACAUUACGGAUCCCGAGCUAAGACAACAGAGGCCGAUCAGUACGAUUUCCGGAUGGGAUCAACAGCAUUCCGGAAGCAACGGAUAUAAUAGACCAGCGUGGGGAAAUCAACAGAAUCACGAGAUACAGCAUAUGGAAAGAAAUUACAAGGAGUUUGAUUCAUCUGAGACAAAUGAUCGAUUGGAAGAAUCCUGUAGCUGCGACCUCAAUUCAAUAGACAACACCGAAAGUGACGGUAGUCCGGCUAUCGUGAAAUCGCGCAGUGAGACCUUGGAUACACUGCAAUCGUGCGAGGUAGUGUCGUUGGACUCCAGAUUGAGUGACAAGCCGGAAACACCAAUUACCGCGCGCGAAACUCACACGGAGACGCCGACGAUUCUCGAAGAAGCGAACAGCGAAGCUGUCUCAUUGCCAACCACGCAAGAGACCAGCGAAGUGAUAUCGAUUGAGAGCUCCAGCGACUUUUACUGCGAGGUACACAAAAUCGAAAGUUCCAGUCCCGACUCGAUGAUAGUUCAGGAGACGUCGAAAAAGGAAGAAGACACAGUACUUGAGAAACAAUCUGUUGCUGAUACCGAAAGCUCUUCAACCGAACAGAUCAAGGAAAGCACGAAAGCGACAGCUGUCGAAUCAAAAGACCCGAAGGAAACUGUGACAGAUACAACACCUGACGACACAGUUUCGACAACGGUGGACAACGUUGAAGAUCCACCAAUUGCGGACGAGGAAGUAAAAGAUAAGUCUGUCGAAGAAAAUAAUGUUACGACCGACGACAAUAACAGUACACCGACCAACGCUGAAGAUUCCGACAAAGUUGCAACAGUAAUUGAAAACGUGGCCGAUUCUGUUGCUUCAAAGGCUGACACCGACACCGACGCCAACACUGAAGAUACCGUGCCAAUUGUCCCUUCUGACGAAACGCGGGAGCCGUUAACGGUUAAAGUUAUCGAGAAGCUCCAGUUGGAGAACGACCGCGAGAUAAUUGAUAGCGAUACGUCAGAGGCGUACUUGACGCCGACGGAGAAUCAAGAGAUCUCGAGCGAGAUAAAAAGUAGAACGUCCGAAGGAGAGAAAAUCGACGAAGAUAUCGUCGUGAAGAAGGACACUUCCGAAGACAGGGACACUACCGCUGAGACUGGUGAGAACGACACAGGGGAAACUGUAAAAAAUCCUAAUUGCUCAACUAGCAUAGUAGAAAGCAGUGAGGCUUGCGCGGAGAAAGCGGUAGAUCUAGAAAACGAGAAGGUGGAACCCGUAAUAGUGAAUAGUGAGUUAAGUAGUGACGAACGCGCCGUGGAUUCUUUAACGGAGGACAAAAGUGCUGUUAUUAAUGAUAACGAAGACGCAAAGGUAAACGAGAAACACUCAAGGGAGCCGUCCACUAUUUCUACUAGCGUAAGUGAUAAUAAGUCAGACGUUCCGGUGACGACUGGCGAGGUAGAAGUUACAGAUAAUGUUUGUAGUAAUAGCGAUGUUCAAAGUUCUGUAGAUAAUGUGACGCAAGUGCCAAAUCCUAAACAGCAAAUCCCAACAAUAUCUACGGUCUGUGAUGCAACUAAAAGUUUAUCCGACGGUGUGCCUCAAAUCGUUAGUUCUAAUGUGGUUGCCAGGGACAAUGCGUUAUUGAAUGACUUAACUCCAGAUCGCGUAGAUAUCCAUCGCAGAUCCAGCCUGCCGAUCGUAUCCACGGAAACGGUCGCGGACGAUAACAGUCACGAGCCACCCUCCUUGCCUGUGCCCUUACGAAAAACAUCGUCACCCCAAAAACGACCAAGGAGUGCCUCUACGUCCACGCAGGUGGAUCCUAAUCAUUUCGAAGCCAAAAGAUCGAAACAAGGAAAUCCCUCCACGCGGCCGAUGUUCAGUCCAGGUCCGACACGACCUCCGUUCAGAAUACCAGAAUUUAAGUGGUCGUAUAUACAUCAACGGCUGCUGUCGGAUGUACUAUUCUCUUUGGAAACUGAUAUUCAAGUGUGGAGAAGUCAUUCAACAAAGUCCGUACUGGAUUUCGUAAACAGCAGCGAGAAUGCCAUUUUCGUGGUGAACACUGUCCAUUUAAUUUCGCAGUUAGCCGACAACCUUAUAAUAGCUUGUGGCGGUUUGUUGCCCUUAUUAGCGUCGGCUACUUCGCCAAAUAAUGAACUGGAUGUAAUCGAACCAACUCAGGGGAUGCCAAUCGAAGUGGCAGUUUCUUUUUUGCAAAGACUAGUCAACAUGGCUGAUGUACUUAUAUUCGCUAGCUCGUUAAAUUUUGGAGAACUGGAGGCUGAAAAAAAUAUGUCAAGCGGUGGCAUAUUGCGACAGUGUUUACGAUUGGUCUGUACAUGUGCCGUUAGAAACUGCUUAGAGUGUAAAGAACGUGGCAGAUCGUACAGCAUGUUAGGUCGGCAGAUUGGUACUAGUAAUAAAUCACAGCACAUACAAUCGCUUAUACGCGGGGCUCAAACAUCGCCUAAGAACAUCGUGGACAAUCUUACGCAUCAGUUAAGUCCUGUAAAGGAUCCCGAGAAAUUGCUGCAAGACAUGGACGUAAAUCGUUUGAGAGCUGUCAUAUACAGAGAUGUUGAAGAAACCAAGCAGGCACAGUUUCUGUCCCUUGCUAUAGUUUACUUCAUCUCUGUAUUAAUGGUUUCCAAAUACCGUGACAUAUUGGAACCGCCAAUAUCGCAACGUCCACCGAGUCCAGUGCAAACAAUACAAACAAAUGGUGCCGGUCUGAGGCCAGGUAGCCCUUCAGAUGGAAAUGGUGGUGGAGGAGGGCGGCCCUUAUUUCCACAGUGGUCUCACCACGUGUACCCACAGUUCCUCCCGGGAUCUCACCCUAACGCCAAUGCAAAUGUCAAUGCCAAUGCCAAUCAUCACAUCAACCAGCACCAUCACCAGCACCCGCUACCGGCUGCCAGGCACUCUAAUCGCCAGCCACCCUCUAACUAUUAUCUCCCGAAUCACCACAACAAUCACUAUAAUCAUCAUUCGAAUAAUCAUAACUAUCAUCGCCAUCAUCACUAUCAUCAUCACAAUAACAACAACCAUCACCAUACGCUUCAAAAGCAUAUCGAUCAGCCCCGAAAUCUCUGUCAUAGAAACUCCGGUGUCGGUCUGCAAGGUAGCGGAGGUAUAAUGAGUCAAUCGGGCUCUCAGGAUGAUGGCGAGUAUGAAGUCAUCAUCGUCGACGAAAACAAUUCUUCAAUUUUGGCAGAUCACGACGUCACAUCAUCUGGUCCGCCGUCGACUAAAGGAGGUCACAGUGGUGUACCUCGGCCGCGGACUAUACUCGAGGAUUACACCUCAUCAGAACCAACGCUUGGCACUUCUACUACAAGGUCCGAACCACUGCCACGAAAUCUGCAGAGCAAUGACUCUAGCGAGGAGACGGUACAUCGCAGCAAUAUCACCGCGGACCCGAGUCCUUCUGAAGUUACCACAGACAACGAAAACAAGCAUAAUUCGUCCGAAGAAGCCUGGACAGAUGUGAACCUUAAUGAAGACGGUGACACGAUGGCAAUUACAAAUCCAAGAGAAGACCCGCGAAACAUCCACAAUAUCGCACACUCGCGUGGCGACAUGCAAGACAGCGAGGGCAACGUUCUCGAACAAGAAAUGCUCGGGAACGCCGAACGCGGGGAGAAACCGUCGGCGGAAAUCUCUGUGGUGCGGGUUCCCGAUCGAUUAGUGGUAACCGCAGCAUCCCCGAGGGCUGACGAAUUGCCGAUCAAAGGUCUGGUCGAUCAUUUACCUGUACCAACACCUUCCCGCGAGGCUUCUCUCACGCAAAAGCUGGAAAUGGCUUUGGGUUCGGUUUGCCCCCUCCUUCGAGAGAUCAUGGUGGACUUUGCUCCCUUCCUGUCCAAAACACUCGUUGGCUCCCAUGGUCAAGAAUUGUUAAUGGAAGGAAAAGGUACGAGUUGCAAGGGUUUAACCACAUUUAAGAACAGCAACUCCGUCGUGGAAUUGGUUAUGCUCCUCUGCUCUCAGGAAUGGCAAAACUCUUUGCAAAAGCACGCGGGUCUCGCUUUCAUUGAGCUCAUUAACGAGGGAAGGCUGCUAUCUCACGCGAUGAAGGAUCACAUAGUAAGAGUCGCAAACGAGGCAGAGUUCAUUUUAAACAGGAUGAGAGCGGAUGACGUGCUGAAGCAUGCUGACUUUGAGUCGCAAUGCGCGCAGACAUUAUUGGACCGUCGAGAGGAAGAGCGCAUGUGCGAUCAUUUGAUCACCGCGGCACGAAGACGCGACAAUGUUAUCGCUAGCAGAUUGCUUGAGAAGGUUCGAAAUAUCCUGUCCAACAAGCAUGGCGCAUGGGGAUACAUGGAUCCAAUGGCUGCAAAAUUAGCCGAAUACUGGAAACUGGAUGCUUGGGAGGAUGAUGCACGCAGACGCAAGCGUUUUGUGCACAAUCCACUAGGCUCGAGCCACCCAGAGGCUACUCUCAAGGCGGCUCUAGAACACGGUGCACCAGAGGAUGCGAUACUUCAAGCGCGUGAAGAGUUUCACGCGCAUCUCGCAGCCUCGCGUGCACACCAACAGCAAUUGCAGUCGACGGAUCUUCUAGAUGACAGUGAAUUGCUGUCGGACGACAGGGAUCUCGACAACGACUUGACAGGUCCGGUGAACAUUAGCACGAAAGGCAGAUUAAUCGCACCCGGUAUCGUGGCGCCCGGUAUCAUUUCCGUUACAUCCACUGAGCUGUAUUUUGAGGUGGACGAGGAUGAUCCGGAGUUCAAGAAGAUCGACAGUGAGGUGCUGAAGUAUUGCGACCAUUUGCACGGAAAAUGGUACUUCUCCGAGGUGCGCGCAAUCUUCUCUCGGCGUUACCUGCUGCAAAAUGUGGCCAUCGAGAUCUUUCUCGCAAGCAGAACUUCAAUCCUGUUCGCGUUCUCGGACCAGGCGACGGUGAAAAAGAUGAUCAAGGCGCUACCGCGGGUUGGUGUUGGCAUCAAAUAUGGGAUACCUCAGACUAGGCGGGCGUCGUUGAUGUCACCGCGACAGUUGAUGAGAAGUUCUAACAUGACUCAAAAGUGGCAGCGCCGGGAGAUAUCCAACUUUGAGUAUCUAAUGUUCCUGAACACAAUCGCUGGCCGCACGUACAAUGACUUGAACCAGUAUCCUGUAUUUCCUUGGGUAUUAACCAACUACGAAACGAAGGAACUUGAUCUUAGUUUACCGAGCAAUUAUCGAGACUUGUCUAAGCCAAUUGGCGCAUUGAAUCCGAACAGAAGAGCUUAUUUCGAGGAGCGCUUCCAGAGUUGGGAACACGACACUAUACUGCCCUUCCAUUACGGCACGCAUUAUUCUACGGCGGCUUUUGUCUUAAAUUGGAUGAUACGAGUGGAACCGAUGACGACUAUGUUUUUGGCGUUACAAGGCGGUAAAUUUGAUCAUCCUAAUAGACUAUUUUCAUCUAUCGCGCUCUCAUGGAAGAAUUGCCAACGCGAUACAUCCGACGUCAAGGAGCUGAUUCCGGAAUUCUUCUUUCUACCGGAAAUGUUGGUCAACAGCAAUCGCUACCGAUUGGGCAGACAGGAGGAUGGUAGCUCGGUCGGCGAUGUUGAAUUACCACCUUGGGCUUCGUCUCCCGAAGAGUUUAUACGUAUAAAUCGAAUGGCACUCGAGUCUGAAUUUGUAUCUUGUCAAUUACAUCAAUGGAUCGAUCUGAUAUUCGGUUAUAAGCAGAAAGGUCCGGAAGCCGUACGUGCAACCAACGUUUUCUACUAUUUGACGUACGAGGGUAGCGUAGAAUUGGAUACGAUCGCCGAUCCCAUGAUAAGGGAAGCUAUAGAGAAUCAAAUUAGAAAUUUCGGACAAACACCAUCACAACUCCUAAUGGAGCCACAUCCCCCGAGAAGUUCAGCGAUGCAUUUGUCGCCGAUGAUGUUCUCGAGCAUUCCGGACGACGUGUGUAUGACUAUCAAGUUCCCGUCUAACUCUCCGAUCUGCCACAUCUCGGCCAACACUUAUCCUCAACUGCCACUGCCAUCGGUUGUGACGGUAACUACUGGACAGCAGUUUGCUGUUAAUCGGUGGAAUACCAAUUACGCAGCUUCCGUGCAAUCUCCGAGUUAUGCAGAUACACCUCAGGCGCAGGCUGCCAAUCAACCAUUAUCCAUGGAUCCUGUUCUUUCUCAAGCGGCAAACAGCUCGAAUCCAACCUUACAACGUCGACAUCUAGGUGACAAUUUUAGCCAAAAACUCAAAAUUCGUAGUAAUUGCUUUGUUACCACUGUGGACAGCCGAUUCUUGGUGGCUUGUGGAUUUUGGGACAACAGCUUCCGCGUUUUUUCCACCGAGACAGCAAAAAUCGUUCAGAUAGUUUUUGGACAUUACGGAGUUGUCACUUGCCUAUCGCGCAGCGAGUGUAACAUUACUUCCGAUUGCUACAUUGCAUCUGGAAGCGCUGAUUGUACUGUCCUCCUUUGGCAUUGGAACGCAAGGACACAGACUAUCGUUGGUGAGGGUGAAGCACCGGCGCCACGUGCCACCCUUACAGGUCAUGAACAGCCUGUGACAGCCGUCGUCAUAUCCGCCGAAUUGGGUUUGGUUGUCUCGGGAUCGCAUUAUGGCCCAGUUCUUGUCCAUACUACUUUCGGCGAUCUUCUACGAUCGCUCGAGGCGCCGAAUGGAUUUUCAUCCCCCGAGAACAUCGCAAUGUCACGCGAGGGUGUCAUCGUGGUAAAUUACGAACGUGGGCACAUAGCGGCCUUCACUAUAAAUGGAAAACGUCUUCGUCACGAGUCUCACAAUGAUAAUUUACAGUGCUUAUUACUGAGCAGAGACGGCGAAUACUUGAUGACUGGAGGUGACAAGGGGAUCGUAGAAGUUUGGCGAACCUUUAACCUUGCUUUACUUUAUGCAUUUCCUGCAUGCGAAAGUAGCGUGCGCUCCCUCGCGCUCGCUCAUGAUCAAAAGUUUCUUCUAGCUGGUCUGGCAAAUGGGUCCAUUGUGAUAUUCCACAUCGACUUUAACAGAUGGCAUCAUGAAUUCCAGCAGCGUUACUGAAAUUACGACUUCCUUUUUGCCUAAGAAGGCAAAGCGCACUCCAAAAGAUAAACUUGCGCUUAACUUUCCAUAUACUACGAUAAAACUUCGAAUUUAUAUGUAUUCCUCGAAUAAACGGCGCUUGUCGUUUAUUCGAUUUCCCGUGGAUCGUUCACGAGUCUACCGAAUGUACGAGCGCUAUAUAUUAUUUGCGCAACAUUUGUAUACGGGCCAGCUUUUCAUCAGACUAUCCUUAGAUUUGCCGCAAUUUAUGGUACGCAAAGUAUAUUCUAUCAGUCGUUUCGGAUUAGACGCAAUGAGCGCGGCAAUGAAACGAAUGUGACGCACUGCGAAUUUUAACGUUUAGCAAUAAACUCGCUUUCCGUGGCUGCGUGCAGUGCUUCCGUGAGAAAAAGAUUGAGCGGAGCGUGAUACUGAGAGCGAGGUGCAAUCAGAGUUCCGGCCGUUUUAUCCCGCGUAAUUGCCGAGUAGGAUGUCAAACCACGUAGCGAAAGCUUGUUAAAGCGCGAAAGCUGUCACAACACUGUGCCGCUCGAAACGCUAGUCAAUUAACGAAGACUCGGAUCUACUUACGUUCCUGAGUGUUCGUGCGAUUUCCUCUCACGCGGCGCGGUGAAAGAGGUACGCUCUAUUGGAACAGAAUGACUGGCUACGCCGACGCGAGGAGAGAAACCGUGUCGACGAGACGGCGGAGCUGAAUAUUAUUUUUAUGCCUGGAACUGCACGUGGAUUUGGCCCACGACACUUUAGCGUUUAAAUGUCCAAUUGUAAAUACGGAUAUAUAAUUCUUCACGUUAUAUAUAUAUACAUACACACGUGCAAACACGCGCGCUUUAUUCCGUAUAUAUAUAUAUUAAUAGAGGAGGCGAGGAGGCGAAAGGCGUGUGUACUAUCGCGAGAGAGGUUUGCAUUGUAUUCUUCUCAGACGUAUUUUAAUGUCACGUUGAACUUUUUGGCUAAGCACCUUGUACGUUCAGUUCGGACUACAUGCACUGUGUUAUCACUGGUACCGAUAGCGCCGGUGGAUGCUUCGCGGAAAGUCUAAUCAUUUUUCCGGUCGCGGUAUCAACUCCCUUUACCACCACUCCCUGCCGCCGCCGCCACCGCCGCCGCAACACUUUCUACACCCUAAUGUUCGCGUCCUUCGAAAGAGAUCCUAAUUUUUAUCAAAGCCGUCCAGCUUAACUUUUUGCGAGGAUAUUUCUUAGUAUUUUCGCACGCGACGUAUAUUAAUCAGCAAAGCAAGUUAUUUAGGCUAAAGUGACAUCCCGAAUUCAUCACCCUUAACAUUCCGCGACUUGUAGGGGAUCGCGUUUGUAUGUGUUGAAUGCGUCGUCGAUGAUCUUUAGGAUGACUCGAGUGACGAUAGAGAUAGGAUAUACGAAAGACGAGAGAAAGAGUGUGACAGAGAGAGAGAAAAAGAGAACGUGAAAUGUGAGCGAGAGAAUGAAAAAGAAAAAAAAAACAGAUGUACACCGUAACAUGCAACAACGAUGGGGAAGAAGAUGCUUGACCACAUAUAGAAGCGAUAGAAUUACUAGCUUGAUUUUUUUGUUCGUACAUCAUUGUAGAACAUGUGGUAGUCUUGUAGUGUUACUACAGAGUACUAUUGUCAUUCUGAGUCUUGUGUAUUUCACGAACUAGUCGUAGACACAGGAUACGCCGUAUAAGUAUAGCAUUCAGUUGUUCAUACGUAUUCCGCGGAUAUGUAGUGUUGUCGUCUCAACUUUGGUUUCAAUCAUGUAUAAUGAAUAAUCUUCUAUCUAUCUAAGGAGAUGGGGAAACAGUUUCUGUUGUUGCUUCGUAGCCAUACGACGAUGUUGGAUGUAUUUCCGAGAUUGUCGCGACAGUAGUCACAAAAUCUUUGAGCAUUAGAGAAUAACAGAAGGUGCGCAAGGGCGCGGGGAUAAAGGAAUACGUAUUAUUAAUCGCAGGAUGAAAAUAACAGCAUAAUUGUCAUUUAUCUGAGACGAAUUACGGAUUUCGAUUGAUUUGAGUGGACACUAUGAUUUUAUAAUGCAUUAUUCGCAUUUGCAUCAAUUAUCAUUUGUUUUGUUUAAAACAAAACGAAUGAUGUCUUCAAUUUUAGCAAAACACGUAAUCAGUCAUCGGAAUAACAAAAAAUUGAUAGAAAAAAUUUCGAAAUAUCGAUACGAGGAUGGUUUUUAAAGUCUUUAAAAUCUUUUCAUCAAUCAAUUUUGACAUUUUUAACGUUUAAACAAUUUUACUAAUUAAUACUGUUUGGUGCUUGACAUGGAAUAGCAGCAAGGAAUGGAUUUCCCCGCACCUUGAUAUGUGUUCUAGUCAAAAAUUAUCGUCGAAUCGCUGUCAUGAAUUAUCUGCGAUCUUCAACAUUUAGGUAUUGAUACAUUUAAAAAGAUAUGCCGUACUGUUUACGUGUAGUUGUAUAAAGUAAACGCAUAGCGCCGUCGUUCUUAGCGAUCAAUCACCUUGGGCUUGCGAGAUCACGGUAACAUUGCGAUUCGUAAUAUUGAUUCUUGCUGUGCGCCGGACGAUCAGGGGGACAUUCCCUCUGCAAAUUGGCCGUCGAGUAAUCGUACAAUUUUUAAAUGUAUAGGAGAAUGUUACGUGUGCAACAUGUUAAUAAUGGUGUAUUGCCACUCAUUAUGGGGCGUGCUUCUGCAUGAUCGUUCGUGUCGUUUCGUUCGCGCGAAAGAAUGAAGAUGUGAAUGAAAGAAAGGAAGGACGAGAUGAGAGGAGGGAUGGACACACGGGUGAGGUGCUGAUGGUUGAGGGUUGUGUCUGGGUGCUUUCAAUAAUUAUUGCUAACUUUCUUACGUAUGAAAACGAAUUUUUAUGUCAGGCGUGUAUAAAUGUGUACUCGAUGUAUAGUCGCACUAUCGACACUUUAUUUUCGCUACGGUGAGAGAAAUAAGGGAAAACGGAUGAAAAAAAGAGAGAGAAAGAAGCACACGACAUUCCAUUUGCAUUUCAUGAUUUUAGCCGAUUUACAAUUGCAUUUGUUCUAUCUAUCUAGAUCGAUCGGGCUGAGGAAGGAAAGAUGAAAUUGGCAAAUCGCUCCUUGUUCAUAAAAAAUAGUCAAAUUAAAAAAAAAGAUGUAGUUAAAUUGCGAGAUAAUGGGGAUAAUUUUAACGACGCGUGGUAGCGUAUGUGACGUGUUUUCAGCUAGGCGGCACGCAAUUUUUCGCAAUUAUUCAAUUACGAACGCGAAGGCAGCGUAAUGAAUGAAAAUGCAUCGGGGUGACAAGAGGUCGUAUAAGAAAAAAAAAUUUUUAUAUUUGUUUAUAGAUGUGUGAGAAUGUGCUGCACUCUUUAAGCAAGUUGUUAGUGAAUUCCCUCCAUAUUGCUAAUAUACAUAAAGGAAGUUAACUCAAAUCGAUUUCUGUCCGUACUUGAAAACAUUCAGUACAUAAAAAAAAUAUUGCUACUAUUUUAAAUAACGCUAAGUACAACGCUACGAGAGUUUGCCUAUAUUAUUAUUACGAUUACGAUUUAUUGUCGUCAUUAUUAUUAAUAUUAUUAUUAUACGAUUGUGGCUACAUUAACGUACUUAAUAUAUUGACGGCUACCUAUAUAGGAGCAUAGAUUUGUAUAUUCGUCGGAUAAGACCCUUAAUGUUUGCGUGUUAAGUCAUAAUUUUACUUAUCGACACUACGAUUACGAGAAACGUAAUAAGAAGAAACCGUGUAAAGUUUUAUCUGGCUCAUUCGUGCCGCGAGCUGCCCGCGUAGACAAGUCCUUACAUCUAUAGAUUAAUCGGCGCGUCUGUAAUGUUUAAUAAGCAUAAUCACGGGCGAGAAAGGAGAGGUAACAACGCUGCAAAAUACACAUACACAACAUACGCGGACAUAACACUCAAGCGCUUACUUAUAUAUUAGGCUCACGUUUAUCUACUUGAAGACCUAGUUUAAAGUCUCUCGAAGUUGUUUAAGAACGAUGUGAGAGAAGCGUAUAAGCUGCAGCGGGGAAGCUCAACGGAACGCGAAUCGAUACUCGUCUCGAUUCUCACGAGGGAGGGUCGUAGGCAAUUAAUGAGCGAAAAGUUUUCGUCAACGAGUACGAUCCAGUUUUUUUACGAUCACGAUACACGAAAGUCAAUAUAUAUAACACGUAACCGUAAAAGUUGGAGCAGCCUCGAUCGCGCGGAUUAACGAGGGUGGGGGCUCGUCGAGCAUCGUUUGCACCAAAUGUUUUAUAAGCACCGACUCGUUUUUCUUUCCUACCUCGAUCUGACGAGACCCGAUUUGACUUCGUGCAUGAAUCGCCGGUCGAGCUCUUCCAAUUUUUCGGAUCGCCCGUUUAUUCGCGCGAUUACAUCUCGUCGAAAUCGAACCUCCCACCGAUUAUGGACGUCAUUCUAGGUGAACAUCUCUGUCACUAUGAGUUAGAGAGACGCGAAAGAAAGGAGAGAUAGAGUACGACCAGACAAUUGUGUUCCGCGAACAAAAUAUAGUUAGUGGCCUAAUUGUUUUGCCAGCGGUGUUAGAGCGCGUUUGUGACGGUUCGACGUUCGAUCGGUGGAUGCAGGAUGGACCGGGCGCCUCUGUCGAAAGAGUCUCGACACUUGUCUCGUAUUGAUUUCCGGCGAAGCCAAACCGUAAUCACGGGCACCUCGUUGUUGACAGGAGAGACACACAUGCGGUGCAGAUUAAAAUUCCCGCCACUUUUAAGAAGUACUACUAGAUAGAAAGGUACUUAAGUCGUUGCUACAUACCAGUAUAUAUAAGCUCUAUCGCUUAUUUUAUACUUAGAAGUAUUGUAAUGUUCGAUUAGAAGUAACAUAAUGGGAAAGUUGUAUCUUAGCAUAAGGUAGAAUAAUCUGUAAAGAUAAGUAGUCAAAUAAAUGAAAAGUACAUUUGAUGUUGCA